ACCACUGCAGGUCUUGGUGAUAUGGAUCUGUGUUUGACCAUCAAAGGAGUCUCUUUCCUCUUGCAAACAGGCUUGGGCAUCUUGGGGAACACUGUGGUCCUGCUGGCAUAUGCCCACAUCAUUUACACUGAACCUAAGCUCCUUCCUGUGGACAUGAUCUUGUGCCACCUGGCUUUUGCCAACCUGAUGCUGCUGCUGACCCGCUGCAUCCCCCAGACCAUGACUGUGUUUGGACUGAAGGACCUACUGAAUGAUCCCGGCUGUAAGGUUGUGAUCUAUGCCUAUCGCAUCGGCCGGGCUUUGUCGGUCUGUAUCACCUGCAUGCUCAGCGUGUUUCAGGCAGUGACCAUUGCCCCUGCUGGGCCCCAUUUGUCGAGGCUGAAGCCUGCACUUCCCUCCCUUGUCCUGCCCACCUUUGCAGGGCUGUGGCUCCUCAAUAUGGCCGUAUGCAUUGCAGCCCCUUUCUUCUCCAUGGCUCCACGUAAUGGCACUGUCCCCGCCUUUACCCUCAACCUGGGCUUCUGUCAUGUGGACUUCAGAGACAGUCUGUCCUAUGUGAUUAAUGGAGUGGCUGUCUCUGGGAGGGAUUUUGCGUUUGUUGCCUUGAUGGUGGGCUCCAGCGGUUACAUCCUGUUGCUCCUUCACCGCCACAGUCACCAGGUGAGGGGGAUCCGUCGCUCUCAGGGUGGGGCUGAGACCAGGGCUGCCAAAACAGUGGUGACCCUGGUGGUUCUCUAUGUGGUCUUCUUUGGGAUUGAUAAUGUGAUCUGGAUCUACAUGCUGACAGUGCCAAAAGUGUCACCAGUGGUGGCAGAUAUGAGGGUGUUCUUUUCAUCCUGCUACGCCUCUCUCAGUCCCUACUUUAUCAUUUCCUCCAACAAGAAGGUCAAGGCGAAGAUCGUGUGUGCAGCCGAGCAAGACCAACCAUCAGUGGACACUCAAGAGUCAAAUGACAAAUGACUCUGUCUCUAUCUUGACAGCUUGCUGACUCGCCUGCAAGACAGCACAGUUGUUCUCUCAGACCUUAUCAUUUUAAGCAUUUGUGCACAGAUCACUGUUAUUUAGCUAAGAAGUGGAAUAGAAAGGAGCAGUAGAGAGUACAGCCUUGCAGUGGUGCUACGGGGAUUUCUCUUGUUUAAAUAUACUGUAUAUUUUCAUUAAAAAUUGUAUUUAUAAAUAUAUCGGUGCCAGCCUGCCCUCCAUUCAGGACUUGCAUGUCCAGAGUCAGGAAAAGGGCAGGCAACAUCACUGCAGAUCCGUCACACCCUGGACAUAACCUGUUUCACCUCCUCCCCUCCGGCAGGCGCUACAGAGCUCUGUACGCCAAAACCACCAGACACAUGAACAGUUUCUUUCAACAGGCUGUUGCUCUGAUAAACAUUCGAAACCAGUCACAGUCUGAAUCAUGAACAUAAACAUCCAUAACCUCAACAAACAGUCCUAUAAACAAUAAAAUUAUAACCAAUCACAUUCUGCACAUCUGUAUAUCUUGUACAUAAGCUCCAGAAAGGCACCAUUCCCACUGUUCACUUUAAACUAAGUUAUGUUAUGCUAUUUUUUUUAUUACGUAAGGUUAAGUUAUGUCAGUAUUUUUGCAUUUGUUGUUAGAUAAUUUAUGUUUAUUCAUUUAAUUUUCUAUUUGUCUUGUAC